AUGGAGAUCAAUAAUAGGACCAUGCGGAAACUCAUCUCCAAUAACUACUCGCACAUUAUGUCGUCAACCGGUAGCCGGUCGUCACCUAGUCCCAAUCACCGACUCUUGAUAGAGACGGUUAAAGAGAUUGCAAGUUCACCACAAGACGCGAAGGAAAAGUUUGCGGAUGUGAUUGCCGGAAUGGCUAACGAUGGCGAGGUGGCGAGGGACUUUGAUUUGGCAAUAUUUCUCAGUCAUUUUGGGCUGGACAGCCUCCAGAAAUGCAUACUGGCGGUAGGCUUAAAGCAGAAUCAGAGACACGAUCUCCGCAACAAGGGUAUCAACCUUAUUUAUUCCACUCCUAUGGAGAGAAGACUGCUAACUAUCUGCGUCAAAGCUUAUGAGAUCAUUCACAAGUCGUUCAGGUCAAUGUUAGAGAUUCUAGCUAACCCCUCCAAACACCCUGAACUGAAGCCGGAAGGGGUUGCCUUCUUCAUCGACCAAAUACUAGGAGAACCGGUGUAUCCCUUUGCCGACAAUCUCAAACGACUGGAAAUUUCGUACGCUGCGAGGUCACGCUAUAAAAAUAUGCAAUUACCACCCGAAAUCCUCCAUGUCACCGCGCCGAUCGAGAAGCUACGCCAGCAAGAGUCGCUAGUCCAUAUAUUCUCUGUGCUGGGGCCGGAGAGUACAAGCUCGCUGGAAAAUUGUAGAGAGGUUCUCAAACGGAAGUGGAAGGUUCAGAUAUCGGAGAAUGAAAUGACCGAUAUGUUGGUGCUGAUGGCCACGGCAAGAAAUCCUAUCGAGUGGCAUGCGGAUUCUUUUGUGCGAGCUCUUCAGCAUGAGAAUUUGCCGCAAUCCUUUAAUUGGGAGUGUGUGAUUGAGGGGUUAGAUAGGGAGGAUUUUGUCUUGGAGGGGACAGAAGGAUUGCACGUCAUUCUCACCGCUUUGCAGCAUGGAAACACCGGCUCCGAUUUUCCUAUAUACAAGCUCUGGGGUGGUAGAUGGAAGCACCCGCGGUCACAGUGGUCUGUUCUUAGGGGGUAUAUCAAAGCAGACAAUCUGGACGUGAAGAGGAUUCCUGGCAUCCGAAAGGUGUUCUCUUCAGUGGAUUUCGCAUCUUCUACUAGUAGCCUCAAGCUUAUGGUCGCGACCUUCGAAACACAUAAGCUAAUAUCCCUCGACGCUGUGGAGGCUCUUUUCCACCUUGCAUUGCACGAAUCGAUUCCUCCUGAUGUCAAACAGGCAGCGCAAGCAGAGCUAGACAAGGCUGCUAAGUUCACACCAGAAUUACUCCUCUGCGGGGCCUUAAUGAUACCUAAGCCUUGGCCAGAAAGCUUAGAACAUGUCAUUCAUAAUCUGUUCAAUAUGUUUUUUGAAGGGCAUACUAGCCAUCAACUAGUAUUUUGGCGGCUUUGGCAUGUCGACAGGCCAUUCAUCAUCGGCCAGUUUGUUGAAUACCACCAAGGGAACAAUCUGAAUAUCACACGUAUCUUGGAUAUUGCCCAGGAGCUUCGAUGUCUUAGCGACCUAUUGGAGGUUAAGAAUGCACCGUUCAUCCUUGAUGUUGGGGCUUUGGCAGCCAGAAGGGAAUAUCUGAAUCUCGAAAAGUGGCUUCAAGAAAUGAUCAACAAGCAUGGAAGCGAUUUUGUGACAGAAACCUACCGAUUCUUGCGGGUCAAAGCGGAGGCAGAGUACAUUCAGACGAGAGAGGGUGGAAAGCCUAGUAUGGUCAGUCUUAGAGUCGGGCCCGUCCACACCUUCCUCACUCUGCUCGAUAAGAAGUAAGUUUUCCGGUCUAUGAUACCUAUAUCAGCCGCUAACUGUUUACGCAGCCAUCCGCCAAUGACCCAAGAUAUGCAAGAGAAGGUUACAGAAACCCAACGUUUGUGCAUACAGGCUUACCCGCGGCUAAUCAAUCUUGGUUGUGGAAUGGAUUCCAUCAUCUUAGCGAAUAAUUCCGAGAGCAAUUCAUUCCCUCCCCUAGUCGACAAAGAAAUGCAGCAGAAUUAUAAGAUGAUGUAUAGCCAGGAGACCGAAAUCAGUGAGAUGGUCACCUACCUUCGCCAGUUAAAAGCGUCCUCAGUCUCCAAAGAUCAAGACCUCUUUGCUUGUAUGAUACACGGGCUUUUUGACGAGUACCAUUGUUACCCCUCAUAUCCACUCCAAGCGCUUGCAACAACCUCUGUGCUCUUCGGUAGCAUUAUUGUCUACAAGCUCAUUGAUGACAUUCCUCUACGUGUUGCCCUGGCAAUGGUGUGGCAAGCUGUCCGUGACCACGACCCUUCUUCGACGAUGUACAAGUUUGGUUUACAGGCCCUGGUUCAAUUCAAGGAGAGGCUCAAAGAGUGGAAAUCUUAUUGCGGCCUGCUUGCACAGGUUCCGGGGCUUCAGGGGACAGAUAUAUGGAAGAUUGUUCAAGACGUUAUCAGUGGCAAUGUUGACCGGCAGAACGAACCGUCAGUGAACGGCAGUGCCGAUCAAGGGGAGCCAGGAGCUGUGCUGACCAAUGGCAACUCCAAUGCCUCGUCUCCCGAAUCACCUCAGCACCCUCCAUUUAGGUCUUUGGACCCCACUAUGCCGCUUCGAGAUCCAUCGGCUUAUACUGAGCCUGACGAGGAAGUUCAAGAUAGGGUUUUGUUCAUCGUCAACAACGUUUCUCAUUCCAACCUGGAAGAAAAGCUGGAGUCUUUGAAGGAGCAUUUGCGCGAGGAGCAUCACCAGUGGUUUGCUGACUACUUGGUUGUGGAACGGGCCAAGCUCGAGCCCAACUACCACAAACUAUACCUCGAUCUUUUAGACAAAUACAACGAUAAGGGGUUAACAGCAGAGGUUUUGCGCGAAACUUAUGUCAAUGUUAUCAAAUUACUGAAUGCGGAGACUACUCUAAACAGCUCGAAUGAGAGGGCACAUUUGAAGAACUUGGCUUGUUGGUUAGGAGGACUGACGAUCGCAAAGGAUAAGCCGAUAAAGUUUAAAAAUAUCUCCUUCAGGGAUUUACUCAUUGAGGGAUUUGUCACCGAGAGGCUCACGGUUGUCCUUCCCUUCACCUGUAAGGUUUUGGAACAAUCCACCAAGUCGACAGUCUUCAAACCCCCUAAUCCUUGGCUAAUGGCUACCAUACGAAUAUUGGUUGAGCUCUACCAACAUGUUGAGCUCAAACUUAACCUGAAAUUUGAGAUUGAGGUUCUUUGCAAAAACCUAGAUCUGGACAUCAAAACCAUCGAACCUUCGAUGGACAUCCGAGAAACCCGAGAUAGGCCAGCGGAGAAGGAAGAGGAGAGCUUGCCGGUUGCCGAAGAUCUUCCUUUGCAACCACAAGAUUUUUCUCCCACUUCAGAUCCGGUUCCCGCCGGGUUUGCCGACCAUGUUAUCGUCAGUUCGGUGGUUCAACACCCCGCUAUCAAGCGUAUUCUCCAGCUGGCCAUAGAUCGUGCCAUUCGGGAGAUUAUUGGACCGGUCGUUGAGAGAUCUGUUACUAUCGCUAGCAUUUCGACAUCCCAACUCAUCCAGAAGGAUUUUGCGACAGAGGGUGAUGAAGGAAAAAUGAGGAACGCAGCGCAUAUCGUCGUUCAGCACCUUGCCGGAAGUCUGGCUCUUGUUACGUGCAAGGACCCGCUGCGGAUGAGCAUGCAGAAUAAUAUCCGUGCUUUACUGGCCCAGAGUGGAUACAAUGAGCAAGUCAUCACAGAUCAAACAAUUACUGUGUGUGUCAACGAUAAUAUUGAUAUAGCGUGCCAGAUCAUCGAAAAGGCUGCCCAGGAGCGAGCUAUUCCAGAUAUUGAUGAUGGGUUGAGCCAAGCGUAUCAGCUAAGGAAACGACACCGGGAAUUGAGAACUAACCGACCAUUUGUCUCGCCUGAUGUUUCUCAGGUUGCACUCCAUCUCCCGGAUCAGUUCAGGCUAAAGCCAGGUGGACUCUCCCCCCAACAAUUGAGCAUGUAUGAGGACUUCAAUAGGAUGGCGAGGGUUCCAAACUCGGAGAAUGCCAGAAAUUCGUUCGAAGGUGCUUUCCCAAACGACUUCCUGCCAAGCGGAAGCACGGCUGUGGAACCCCCGCAGGCACAGCAGAGAGCUUCCGAACAAUCACCUGGGGCGUCGGAUGUUGGUCAAAAGGAAAUCCAGUCUAAAAUUUCGGUAAGUUUUGCGAUACAUCUCUAUGGGGAUUUGCUAUUCUAAUCUCACAUUCCCCCUAGGCUCUCUUGGGCGAGGUGCGGAGACUUGCAAAAGAAUGCCGUGAGCAACACCUCAAGGACCUACAUGCCGAGCAUCCUCUUUUCCAGCUCAUCGAAGCUAUACUAAACAAUGCAUCCCUGGCGCAACCCAACAUGCCUCGCCUCAAGGACACUAUUUGCACAACUGUAGCUUCCUCGGUGUGCCUCAUUCUAUAUACGGAUACACAAAAUCAGAUGGAGGUUGAAGCGCUUGGGCUUCUCCUGCAGAAAGUUUGCGAGCUUUCUCCACUCACGGCAAAAGACGUCGUCAUGUGGCUUUCCCAAGGCCAAGAGGAUGAGGUAUGUACCUGUUGAUACAUAUACAUUUGUUUGAUGCUAAUUUAUACAGCGGAUGCUCAAUGUCCCGGUUACAGUCAUGCUUCUAAAGACUCAACUUCUCGCGCUCACCCAUCUUGAUUCCACCAUUGCCAGGUCAAUUAGCAUGGGAAAACCCGCAGCGUUAGAGUUUUUGUCGCAGCUACUCAAAGAGACUGUUUCCGGUCAAAACCCUCUCGCUCUAAGAGCCGAUUUUGCAUCAUCACUUGACGCCGUGGGCAGCUGGCUCAAACAAGAUCCCAAUAACAAGGUAGCUCUUGAAUUGGCUGGCGACUUUCAAGAUUCGGACAGGGAGGAUCAGGAUGUAGAUCUCGAGGAUCGCGAGAAGCGGGAUCAGAUUGAAUAUAUAUUCGCCGAAUGGAUAUCUCUCUGCCAGUAUCUUUUGACGACGGAAAAGAAUUACUCCUCAUUCAUCAUGCAACUUCAUCAGACAAAAGCGCUGGCUGAUACGGCAUCCUCCUGCGAGUUCCUUCGAACUUGUAUCGAGUUUUGCAUUGUUGAGUAUGAACAGUCAACCAGCACUAACCCGGCGGCCGCAACUAAUUGCUAUAUACCCAUUGACGCUCUUGCGAAGCUGGUCGUCCUACUUGUCAAAUACCAAGGGGAAGGCGAUCAGAAGGGGCAAGCGGCUGACAAGGCAGACUAUCUGAACAGUACUUUGGCCCUGAUCGUUUUUGUCUUCAAUCACCAUCAUGAGACUCGCGGUGAACACUUUUCGCAAAAAGUGUUUUUCCGUUUCUUCUCUAGCAUGUUGUACGAAUACCACCUGAUCGAAAACCAGAUGAGGGGGUACCAUGAGAGAAUAUUGGGUACUUUUGCAGAAUGCUUUUUAACCAUCCAGCCGGUUUUCUUUCCUAUGUUCAGUUUCCACUGGAUGACAUUAGUUUGCCAUCGUUACUUCAUGCCCAAGCUACUCAGGCUCGAGGGCGAGAAGGUGAGUUUUUUCAAGGGCCAACAAUCCCACGAACGCUAACACUAUUGAAGGGUUGGCCGGUAUUUGCGAAGCUUCUAGAGACCCUUUUGGUGUAUGUUGGCGCACCACUGAAAGAGCGCACUAUUCCACCAGUCGUAAAGCUACUUUAUAGAGGGAUUCUCAGGGUUCUUUUAGUGCUACACCACGACUUUCCGGAAUUCCUUGCCGAGUGGCAUUUCUCAAUUUGCGAGGUCAUCCCAGUCCAUUGCACACAACUUCGCAAUUUGAUAUUAUCUGCCUACCCUUCCUCACUCUCGGAUCUCCCAGAUCCUUUCACGGCAGGAUUGAAGGUUGAUCGCCUGCCAGAGGUCAAAAAGGCGCCCAAAAUAUGCGGGGAGGUAUUCCGACCCCUUAUCGAUAGUGGAAUAAAGCAGUUGCUAGAUUCAUGCCUUAGUUCCUCCGAAGGUUUAACAAAUGCAGCGAUACAAGGAAUCGUGGAAAUGUUGGACACAGAGCCCCGAAAAGAGACUGGACUCGGAUUUGCUACGAUCACUGUAGACACCGCCAUUAUCAACAGCCUCGUCUUGUACCUCGGUAUGGAGGCCAUUCGUGAGGCCACUUCAAAAGGAGGCUCAACUUUCCAGGCGCAGAGCCCACAUACCGCCCUGUUCUCAAGACUCGCAAGUGACCUGAAACCUCAGGCUAGAUACUUUUUCUUGAGCGCAAUCGCAAACCACCUGCGCUAUCCUAACAGCCACACUCACUACUUCAGCUAUCUGUUGCUCUACCUCUUCGGCCAGGUCCAGGACAAAUCCAGCGAGUCCGAUGUGAGGCAGCAGAUCACCCGCGUCUUGCUGGAAAGAUUGAUUGUCCAUCGCCCUCACCCAUGGGGAUUGAUCAUCACACUUCUAGAGCUACUCAAGAACCCAACGUACGACUUUUGGCAGCUGUCGUUCAUCAAGACUGCACCUGAGGUAAUUGUUUUACUCACUAAAAAUGGUCAUGAUCCGUGAUUGAGAUAGCUCACACUUUACAGAUUGAGAGGCUUUUCGGUGCUUUGUUCCAACACAUUAAUAACUCCCCUCCUCGU